AUGGCAGUUUAUAAGAAUGUGCUUGUGGUCUUCUGCGUGAUCGCCACCAUCAACCUGUGUUUGGCCAAACCAAAAUGGAUAUGGCAACGUGAUGAAGUCGCUGGUGACUUGGACGCGGAGAGAAGACCGUACCUGCAACAACGUGAUGUUGAAAUGGAUGGACCCAAGCCGUGUACUCAUCCAAACCGUUAUAUGUGCAAAAACAAACAGUGAGCCCCAUGUGAUUAUCCCGACAAACGCAUGUGCCGUUUCACAUGAACUAACAUUGACAUUAACUAAUAGUGUAAAGAAUCAAAUAUUCAUGUAUCCUAAAUACCACAUAAGCCUGUUCACUGUAUGAAAAUAUUAUAGUAUUAAUAAAAUUUAUUCAAGGGAUUGAAUGUGUUGUCUACUUUUACAUGCAUAUUCGCAUAAAAUACACGCAUGCAGUGAAUUAAACAACCGUGAAUUGAGCCAUGCAUGAUAACAGCUAGUGUUCCCAGUGAUAAUAGUAUUCUUAAUUGGGACCCGAUGGCGAUGGGAUUAAACCUUGCGGUUAUUUAUAUAAAGAUUUCUGUUCAAUUUCGGCAGAGAAUUCUACUAACAGCUAUAAAAUUUAUCGACAACUUAAUUUGUUUGUUUGUUUGAGGAAACGUUUUCAUUAAAAAUGAUUUUCAAAGGGGACCAAGUUGCUCAAAGUAUUAAAGUCAUCAGCUGCUUGAAAAACAUAUCCUUUGUUUGCCUAUAUAUUAUUAUUAUUAUUAUUAUUAUUAUUAUUAUUAUUAUUAUUAUAAAAUUUCCAAACUAGCAGUAACAACUGAAUUACUUUGAUACUUUGGAAGUAAAAAUAGGUAAAUUAGAUAAAAAUUACGAUAAUAAACUAAAGUUUACUUAUUAUUAUAAGCACGAGAAGCAGCAGGAACGACCAUCUUAUCAUUAAUUAUAGUGAUCUAAACAUGCAGUAAUGUUUUUUAAACAUGUGUGAUAUGCAUGUGACCACUAUAUAGACACAAUUAUUUAUAUCUGCAAUAUAUCUGUGCUAGGACCAAUAUUGACCCAAAAUGAUCCAAUAUUCAUGAACUAAAUUAUUUUAAAAUUUUAUUUCGACAACUUCAUUCAUAAUUUUGUUAAUUCAGAUUAUAUUUUUAAAACUUAAUUAAUGCUUUGCCUUUGCCGCGUUUAUUACAAAAAUUGAAAAGGCAUACGCUUAUAAAGGGAGCAUAUAAAAACGGAAACAAUUUAAUUAAGGACUAAAUUAGCGAUGAUAUACAGAUGGUUUAAAUAGAAUAUUUGCUUGCGAAUAGGAAUUUUAUGUCUGUCAACAAGUGCCCAGUAACGAGCUGCGGAAAUGCAACAUCUAUAGUGCGACAUGUCAGGAAAUAGUAUAGUUUACUCGCGCAAGAUGACAGACAUAAAUAUUCUUUUAUGUGUAUAUUAAUAAGCGUUCUUAUAGCCUCGUUGAGGUUCAAUAAUUCUAUCCAACAGUUUCGGUUACAAAAAACGAGGCCAAGAAAGCUUAUAAAAAUAUACAUAAUUUUGUCAAAAGUUGUCUAUAGACUAUAUAUAAACGUCUAUCAUGCAGCGAUACAUGAAAAAUAACUGUUACAGCAGCAUCAUAUCAAAACGCUAGAAAAUGUAGGUUGUUUGGAUGCUUUUAAUGAAAUAUUUCGUAUUAAACUCAACAAAAGUCAAAAUGUUGGGAGGAACAGAAGUUGUUACAUUUCAUUGUGAUACUGAUAGUUUUCUAUAAUGAUUAAUGCAUGGUCAUUGAAAAUUCACGCGCAACUGACUGUAUGGUUGACAUAUAAUUUCGGCCCAGAACUAACAAAAAUGAUGUGAAAACAAUUUCUCGCAGCCAUGGGCAAGUUAAUUAAACUUUUAACGAGUCUGCAAUUAGCAAGCAUAUACAGCUAAUUCAAAAAAGGUUGUCCUUUGUAAACCUUAACCUGUAAUUAAGCGUGCAAAGCAUAACAGGAGCAUCAUUUAAUCAGUUCAGAAAUCAUAUAUGGAGCCCAUUUUUUAGAGACAUGGUAGAUAUCUCCUUACGAGAACAAUUCAUUCACAAAUAGCUGCAAUAUUCAACUAUUACGCUUGAAACUUGUGCUCCCAUUAAGCUUUGCGCGCUUAGAGUUUAAGGUUUAAGGUUUAGUCUAGAGUUUAAUGUUUGCGCAGUACAACCUUUUUUGAAUUGGCUGUAUAAUAAUGGCAGGAAUACAUUGUAGAAAAUCAUUAUUUUAGGUUUUAGUAUUUAAAAAUAUUUUGAGACAAACGCACAAGUGGUCACCAUAUGUUCGCCAGCUAGGCCUAGGACGUCAGCCCGAGUGGAUAUUUACAUUCCGUAUGCUUUACAAAAACACCCCUACAAGUCAGCACUUUCUUUAAAAUUCUAAACCGAAGAGAAUUACGCUAGACUUCAUUAAUAAACAUAACAUUUCCGAAAUCCUGCAUCGGUUUUCUUUCUUUCAUCCCUAUAUCCGACCUAUUAUAUAACAACUCUCUCCCGUGUCAACUCAUUUGGCAAGAUGUCUGCUGGCAAAACUUCAUUAUACUUGCAUGCGCGUCACUCUAAAUUAGAAGUCAAACAUAGAUACUUUUUGCCAAUGUGCCAUCUACUCUACUUUGUUUGAAAUUUACAUAUAUGAAAUUAGACGGCACUGUAAAAUGUUUUCACUCAAAAACUUCAGAGUAAAAUAAUCCUGCCACUACAGUGAUCGAAAAUAUUGAGAAAAAUUACUUAUUUUUUAGUAGUAAAAUUAGUCAUUUUUUGAGUAAAGAAAAUAUUUGCUAAAAAAUUUAGGUAAAUUUGAGUUAAUUUGCUCAGAAAUUUAAAUGUAGUUUAAAUAGGCCCGGUUUGCAUAAGACCGGAACGAAGUAGAAUAUUUAGCUGACCUUCGACUUUGUGCAAGGACAAGGUGUUUUUGUAUUCAAAUUGCACUUUUUCUACCUCCUGACUAUCUUAAUAAAAGCCAGUUUGCCACUAGCAAAAAUGUUUUGCGCGAAUCGACCUUUUUCCUUUGUCGGCAUCCAUUUUGCCACGUCUUGAUGACACAAUAAAACUCAGACCGGUCUCAAGUCGGCGGAAUGUCUUGAUGACACAAUAAAACUCAGACCGGUCUCAAGUCAUUCCGCCUGCUGGACUGAGCCGACUGACUUCAGACCGGCAUGAAUGUAAACGCAAACACAUUUCAGACCGGUCUCGGCUGUAACCUUGACAUGGGAACAACACAUGCUAACAAAAGUCAUCUGAAAAAGAAAAUUUCCUGGCAAAGGGGAAUACAUUGAAAAUUUUGUGAUUUUCGUACCGGUCUCAUGUAAACAUGUUGACAAUUUCAACUUUCAUUCCGGUUUGACUUCGUCCCAGUCUCAUGUAAACGUGGGCCGUGGCCUAACUCAAAAUUCACUGCAUGUAGGUGCAUUAUUGAUUUUACUCAUAAAUGAGGAAAAUUAAAAUUGCUUGUAUGACCAUGCAAUCAUUAUAAUUAUGUCUAUGGCUCUAUGCUUGAAAAAUAUCAUGCCGCCCCAGUCCACAAUGCUAUAUGUAUAUGUCUAUACUAUAUAGAGGACCUACUUGAAAAGCACCUUUCGGUGAAGGAGCUUUCUUCUUACAAUAUUUAUUAAAAACAAAAACGUUAUGCAUUUUAACAGACGUUUUCCAACAACUAUUGUGAAGCAAUAGACACUUCCCAAAUUUGCCGUAGUUGCAGCGAUGAAAGCUAUCCCUAAUUUCCAAUGGGUUACAUAUACAGGGUGUCCCCCCCAAAAAAAGUACCCUCUAUAGAAAUUAUUCUAUUGUUAUAAUUUGAGUGCCUGAGCACUAUGCCAUACUACAGUAUGCUGAACACAAGAAUGCGUAAACACAAUUGAAUUGAAUUUUUAAUUACCAGUCGCAUAAAAUCCUGUGCUUAACAACAAUAGGAUAAAUUUCUAUAGAGGGUACUUUUUUGGGGACACACUGUAUUGUCCACCUCGAUUUCAAAUUUUCAAGCUAUUGUCUCGUCUGCAGACGGAUUUGAUUUAUGGCAUGCCAUAUAAAGACACAAAAAUAAUAGUGGUGUCCUCGGUUUCGAUCAAUGUCAAACAAUUUUAUGAUAAUGAUGUUAUGAUGGUAUAAUGUAAUAAUAAACACGACGAACAAUAAGAACUAUAUAUGAGUAAGUUUACAAAAUUGUUAUGUUUUGUCUUUAGAAGAAAUCAGUAAAUAACCUUUAAUAAUGGAAAAUUUCUCGACAUGCAGCCACUUAUCUGAUGUUUAUACUGAACGUCACAUGAGCUAACGCUGCAUGACCCCCCAUUCUAUAUGUUUUAGGUUUUUUUGGAUACAAUGUGUGGAUGCAAUAUGUUUGCAGAUUUGCCAGAGGAUAUCCAUUAUUUAUCCACACCACUUCUUAAAAUGCAGUGCCAAAAGCCAGCAUUUCAUUCUAAGUUCUGAAUUCAAGGGAACACAAAGGCAGAAAAACUUAUUACGAUAGAGCGUUUUAAAAAAAAAACAGAAGUGAUGGCAGUUUAUAAGAAUGUGCUUGUGGUCUUCUGCGUGAUCGCCACCAUCAACCUGUGUUUGGCCAAACCAAAAUGGAUAUGGCAACGUGAAGUCGCUGAUGACUUGGACGUGGCCGAGAGAAGAUCAUACCUGCAACGUGAUGUUGAAAUGGAUGGAAUUGAAAAGAGAGACAAGUGUCCUUAUUCCAAGGCGCCUCUGUGCGAAGUUUGGCGCAAGAAGCAGGGCAAGAGAACCACGUGUAAAUAUCCCAGAGUGUCUCUGUGUGGAUGA